UAGGAGAGAGAAAAAGCGGCAAAGCAAUUAGCAAUUAGGAAUUAGGAUGGAGGGAGAGCAUGCAGCUAUUAAUCCGAUGGAUGUGUGGGAGACAUUAAAUUUGGGUCAACAAUUCCUCCUCCGAUCCUCUCUCUCAAUAUUUCUUUGUUUAUUCUCCCCAUUUCUCCUUCCUCGAUCUCCAUUCCCUUGAGACUUUCCACCUUACAUCAUAUCAAUCUAUUUUCUCGUGUGAAUUUCUUGAGGGAAUGUUUCUCUCUUCCUCCUGAGGCGCUCGCUCUUCAUUUUCAAGAUUGGAAGAAAAUAAUGAUCAAGCAUCUGCUGCUCUUUUGCUUGCUGAUCCAUGGAGCAAUGGGAGCUUCUCCUCCUCGAUUAAAGAGGAAAUGGCUGACACUGCACGGUGGUGAGCCUGUGAUAGUUGCAAAUGGAGGGAUGUCUGGUGUUUUUCCUGAGAGCAGUUGGGCGUCAUAUACUUAUGGCGUGGCACAGAAUUUAGAGGGCUCUCCAGUCCUGUGUGAUCUGAAGCUUACCAAGGAUAAUUAUGGUUAUUGUCUCGACAAAAUGUUGCUUCAAAACACAACAAGCAUUGCUGAAAUCUACCCUAAUAAACGAAAUACCUAUGAUGUCAAUGGCAGAAAGCUUACAGGAUGGUUUGGACUGGAUUUUGAUUCUUCGGUGCUGUUUGCAAAUGUAACAUUGAUACAGAGCCUUUACACUCGACCUUCAAGUUAUGAUAACUUCUUUGGAAUAACUCCAUUGGAGACAUUGCAACAUCUAGGGACAGAUACUCAAUUGACCAAAGUAUGGAUAAACGUGGAGUACGACGUGUUCUAUAAACAACACAAGCUGGAUGUAGAAUCAUUUCUUAAUGAAAUGCUGCCUCAGUUAAAAAUAGAAAUUCCUUAUCUUUCAUCCACAGAAAUCGGUUUCUUGAAAAGUAUUGGACCAAAAGUUCGUGCAACAAAAACAAAGCUUUUUUUUAAGUUCCCAUUAGAUGUAAAUGCUAUUGAGCCCUCAACAAAAGAGAAGUAUGGAUCAGUGUUGAAGAAGCUGAACAUGAUCAAGACCUUUGCAGUAGGAAUCCUUGUGCCGAAAGAAUAUAUAUGGCCAGUCAAUGAAAAUCGGUAUCUAAAGCCUGCUACCACUCUUGUCACUGAUGCCCACAGAUUAGGUCUUGAAGUGUUUGCUUAUGGCUUUGCAAAUGAUUUCUAUCUUCCUUACAACUAUAGCCUUGAUCCAACAAAUGAGUACCUACAAUUUGUUGACAAUUCUCACUUCUCUGUUGAUGGAGUGGUCACAGAUUUUUGCUCAACUGCAUCAAAUGCCAUAGGAUGCUUGGUGGGCAUGUCUCAUAACAGGAAUGCUUCAAAAGCAGUGGAAUUCUUGGUGAUUUCUCAUAAUGGAGCUAGUGGUGACUAUGCUGGAGCCUCGGAUCUUGCUUAUCAGAAAGCUGUAGAUGAUGGUGUUGACAUAAUUGAUUGUAAUGUCCAGUUCUCAAAAGAUGGAGUUGCAUUCUGCCAAGAAUCACCUGACCUUAAGUUCACAACCUCAGCAGGAUCGGACUUAAUGGAUAGAGUGAACCAAAUUCCAGAGGUUAAUCAGGGGCAACCGGGCAUUUUCUCCUUUGAGCUUACCUGGGAGGAAAUCAAGUCCCUAAAGCCUAAAAUCAACUCUCCAUACGAUGCGCCAUUGGACAGGAAUCACGGAUACCUGUUUGCCGGAAAGUUUGUGACUCUGACGGAAUUCUUGGAAUUUGCCAAGGCAAAAGCAGUAAAUGGAAUUAUGAUUGGAAUAGAAAAUGCUGCUUACCUUGCAACAAAGGGAUAUGACAUUAUUGGCACUGUCAACUCUGCAUUAACCAAUGCUUCAUUCACUAAUCAAACCAAAUAUAAGGUGAUGAUCAAGUCAGACCAAAGCGCGGUUCUCGAAAAGUACAAGAACGACUCCCAUUACGAAACAGUAUUCGACUUCAAAAAGGACUUCAGCAGAGUGCCCGAGGCAUUGGCGAAAGAAAUCAACAAGUAUGCUGAUGCAGUAGCCAUACGCAGAAAUUCGCUGGUGCUCGAAUAUGGUGACCCGUUUUUCAUGACCCGAGGCUUUACAAACGCUGUUUCCGCAAUGCAUAAAGCUAAUCUCAGUGUCUACGCUUCAAAUCUCAAGAACGAGUUCCAGACCUUCCUGUUCGAUUACAACAGUGAUCCUUACCAAGAGAUCGCUACCCUUCUUUCUGAUGGCGUGGAUGGAUUCAUAACUGAUUUCCCAGCCACUGCAGUUUCAUUCAUGAGAUCACAAUGUGCUAAACCAAAAACAAAACACUCCUUAGCCUUCACUGCAAUUGCACCUGGAGAACUGUUCAACACUUCAAUAUUAUCAGUGAUGGAAGCUGAAAUGACAAACGCGGCCGCGGACGUAAACGCCACCAACUAUCCUCCCGUGACUCCUAAAGACAUCGACAAUGAAGCUAUACCGCCUGUGGCCUCGGGCGGCGCCAAUGCGCCCUCCCCGGAUACACCCACCGACAACGCACCUGGCUCUCCACCUAAACACUCUUCAAGAACAACAAGAGUUGCACCCACUGCCACUGUGGUCUUCCUUGUGGCCUGGGCAGCAGGAAUCCUAUUUUAUUCUUUCUUACUAGAAUAAGUAAUUAAAUGCUGCCUUCUGAUUCUUCUUGUACUUAUCAUGGCAUCCUUUAAGUUAAUUGCUCUAUCUCACACUGUGAAGUGUAAAAACACACUUUGUGAUUUAAGAAAGUUUAAUGGAAAUGAUAGCCAAAAAGAGCUUGUCCUCAA